CUACUCUCAAGUGUGUGUGUGUACAUGUUGACCGAGGAACGUAGGAGCAGACACACGCGCGGCCCUGCGAUUCUCGCGGCGACGGCUCUUCUAUUCGUCCUCGCUGCGCUUGGACUCCUCGCCAAAUCGCCGAGCGCGCAGCACGCCGCGAGAGGCGCAGAUGGCUGGUUCCCAGGCAAGCACCUCUCGCGGCCUGGCUGGUAUCCCGGCAAGGCGGUGGACGAGGAUCUGCUCCAGGGUACGUCGCAGGAGCAUUCGAUGGACGGCUGGAACCCUGGCAAGGCGAUGACGGACGAGGCGAUGGCGCACAUCGACUACGCGAGUACAGAGCCGCUCCACUAUGCCUUUUCGCUGCAUGACCCGCUGCUGUCCCACGGCCUCAAAAAGGCCGAGUCGACGACCGCGUGCUCCUCGAUGGACAUGUUCGGCAACUGCUGGGACGUGCUGGGCAAGGGGGAGGCGGCGGCGCCCGUCGCUUUCGACGAGGCGCAGCCGUCCGACACCAACGUCGCGCUCAGCGGGGACUGCACUCAGGCGCCGCAGACACUCACACGCACGCCACAAGGCGCAUCCGCUCUCCGAGGAGCGUGGCGCGGCUGCGGCACCGCGGCAGGGUGGGGUUAGGGUUAGGCAAGGUGGGGUUAGGCAGGGUGGCCGGCAGGGUGGCCUGCCGCGGGACAGAGAGCGCGGCCGAUCGCUGAGCGACUGCGCGGCUCAACGCCCUCCGGGAAGCGCACGCGACAUGAGCCAGCGCGCCACACGCACACUCCCCACCGGCGCGCACCCGCCGGCACGGGUGCCCCUCGGAGCAUCGCCCUCGAUACAGCGGAGCAUCGCCCUCGGAGCAGCGCCCCUCGAUACAGCGCCCCUCCCCGCCGCGCAGGACUUCGUGGACAGUUUCGUCGCCAAGCAGGUCUCCGAUCUGGUCGCGAACAUGGCGGCGCGCAUCGCCGACCCCGACGGAGGCACGUCGGGCGAGGACGCGCUGCCCACCGGCGCCGGCCUGCAGUCGACCGAGCUGAAGCUCACGCUGGCAACCUCGCAGACCUUCUCCGCCUGGAACGUGAGCCUGAUCGACUUUGAGCCGUUCGUCUUCAAGCUGGGCACCUGCUACGACUACCUCGAGUGGUGGCGGCAGCAGCUCGCCCCGACGCAGCUGCUGACCAACCGCGCGCCAGACGGGCUGCAGGUGAUCGUGUCCGACAUCCGGAUGCGGUUCCGGUACGACUGGAUGCUCUCGCAGGCCACCUGCCCCUUCUUCUUUUGCGAGCAGCUGCCGCUCGGUGGCGGGACGGCCGUCCAGUCGCUGCAGGGCCUGCUCGUGCUCGACAUCGACUUGCACAAGGCGGGCGAGGCGCCCAUCAAGGGCUGCAAGGGCAAGUUCAUCUUCGACUCGAUCGAGCUCUCCGGCAGCUCCUUCUCCGACCAGUUCUCCGCGGCGACCGUCACCGACUUCAUGCCCCACUUCGCGGCCGAGGUGUCGUCGCUGCUCUGCGACGGCCACAAGUCGGUCGGCGACGAGGGCCACAAGCUGGACGUCAUCGGCGGGCUCGCGACGCGCUUCGAGUUCGCCGGCAAGAAGGCGUCCAAGGUGCACUUCGCCGGCCUCAAGCGAGCGGUCAACGAGGCGAUGCAGGCCAACGCCGAGGCGCUGAAGAUGCUGCGCUGGCUGCAGCAGGCCGCCUACAACCCGGCAAAGAACUCUGCGCGCGCGCGCUACGAGCAGGCGCUCGUCGACCAGGCGCGGCUCGCGUCGGUCGGCAUCCAUGUCCCCCUCGGCCAGGGCCGCUUCUCGCACGUCCAGAUCCCGUCCCCGCCGCCGCCCG